AUAUAGGUGUCUUAAUUUUGUCUUUCAGUCCACUGCGCUUCUCUCUUUAUUUCCAUUCCCUUUUAUUUCUCUCCCCAUUUGAUUUUGCUUGAUCUUAAUUCUUACAAGAAAAUUUCUCAAUUUCCCUAGAAAAAAAAUUUUAUCAUCAUUUUCACCUUCAUCCUCUCUACUGUCACUUCGUCCUGUACACAUUCACUUAUUUCUCUCUCUCUUUAAAUUAUCUAAUUUCAACUCUUCACAUUCAUUCAAUAUGUUAUAGCAAUUGCCUUCAAGUUUCCUUUUUAAUCUUCCUCAAGUUUGGCCGGAGAUUAGAGAUUUUGUCAUUGUGCCUGAUUUCUUUGAUUCGUGGCGAGUUUUUCUUCUAUCAGCUUUUGAAUGUUGGAGGAAUAUUGUUGAAUUUCGGGGCGCUUUGAGGUCUCGGUUUGCUGAGUUGGAGAAUAUUGGGAUCUGCUGUGAAUUUGACGUCAAUUGUGACAUUUUCUGUGAUAUUAUCAAUCAACGGUUUGGAUCCGAUCGGGGGAGAAACAGCGCCAUCAGAUGGCGCUGUUCAGACGCUUCUUUUACCGGAAGCCGCCGGAUCGGCUUCUUGAGAUCUCUGAGAGAGUUUAUGUGUUUGAUUGUUGCUUCUCCACUGAUGUGUUGGAAGAAGACGAGUACAAAGUGUACUUGGGUGGCAUUGUGGCACAAUUGCAGGAUCAUUUUCCUGAUGCUUCCUUCAUGGUGUUUAACUUCAGAGAAGGGGACAGACGGAGCCAAAUAUCAGACAUAUUAUCUCAAUAUGACAUGACAGUCAUGGAUUAUCCUCGUCAAUAUGAAGGAUGUCCUGUGCUUCCUCUGGAGAUGAUCCACCACUUCCUUCGGUCUAGUGAAAGUUGGCUGUCCUUGGAGGGGCAGCAAAAUGUGUUGUUAAUGCACUGCGAGAGAGGAGGAUGGCCUGUGCUUGCAUUCAUGCUUGCAGGUCUUUUGUUAUAUCGGAAACAGUAUAAUGGGGAGCAGAAGACUCUUGAAAUGAUCUACAAGCAAGCUCCUAGAGAACUUCUGCACCUUUUGUCUCUUUUAAAUCCACAUCCUUCCCAACUAAGAUACCUUCAGUACAUUUCUAGGAGAAAUUUGGGUACUGAUUGGCCUCCAUCUGAUACGCCCUUGGUGUUAGAUUGCUUGAUGCUCAAGGCCCUUCCAUUGUUUGAGGGUGGAAAAGGCUGCAGGCCAGUUGUACGGGUUUAUGGUCAGGACCAUUCAAAACCCGCUAACAGAACUUCUAAGCUUCUAUUCACGAGUUCAAAGACAAAAAAACAUGUUCGACAUUACCAAAAGGAAGAGUGUAUGCUAGUGAAAAUAGAUAUCCGAUGCCGUGUUCAAGGUGAUGUUGUUCUUGAAUGCAUCCAUUUGGAUGGCGAUCUUGUUCACGAGGAGAUGAUUUUUAGAGUUAUGUUUCAUACAGCAUUUGUUAGAGCAAAUACUUUGAUGCUACGUCGUGAUGAAAUUGACACUAUGUGGAAUGCCAAGGACCAAUUUCCAAAGCACUUUAAGGCAGAGGUACUUUUUGCGGAUGGUCAUACUUCCAUCGUGCCUAAUCUCUCCACACUCAGAGCAAAUGAAGAUGGGAAUGAGGCUGAAAGUGCUUCGCCUGAUGAGUUUUUUGAGGCUGAAGAGAUAUUCAGCAAUGCGAUAGACACACAAGAAGCAAAAGGGCAUUAUGACACUCAUUCAGACCAUGACAAUUUGUCGGUAGAUGUAGAACAUAAAGAAGUCUUUAGGGAUACAUUUGAUGAUAGGAGUCACAAAGAGGCUAAAAAUAUGGAUUUUAAUGUUGAUGCAGUGAAGGACAUAGCUGUGGAUGAUGUGAAAUACAAGAUGGAUGAGAUGGUAUAUCCUGAUCUUCAAGCAGUGAAAGACAUAGCUGUGGAUGAUGGGGAUCUGAAGAUAGAUUCCAUGGUUGCUGUUGAUACAUUGAGAAACAAUGCAAUAAAGGAACUGGAUGAAGAUGGGAGGGGAGAUUUCAAAGAGAUGGAAGCUAAAGCUAAUGGAGAAACCAAUACUACAGAGAUUUUACAAUCCAUACUUCCACAGCUAAAGUUGAGUGUUGAUGUUGGUAGACAAAAACCUGAGAAGGCAGUGCCAACCGCACCUAGGAGCAUGAAACCUGUUGGUGCAGAUUCAACUGCAGUGAAAGAAAAUAUCAAACAACCCGAGCCUCAUGGAACUAAUGGGAAACAAGCGAGGCCAAAUACUGUACCUCGUUGGGUGCCCCCUAAUAAAGCUCCUUUUGCCAAUUCAAUGCAUGUAGCACAUCCUCCAUCCAGAUACAAUAGUGCACCACCUGCUCUUGCCUUUUGUGCUUCCCCUAAGGAUUCUAAUGUGGAUGCCCAUGCAAGGACUUCUCCUGAUGAUGAUGCUGCUGCUGGAGAUCUAGCUUCUUAUGAGCCUUCUUCCUCUCCAGUAGUAGCAGCACAUCUUUGCUCAGCAAAAGUUGUGCCUCCUUGUUCCACAACUUUACCUCGGCCUCCACCUCCUCAUUCUAGCAAUGCAUUUUUGCCUAAGACUUCAGUUAAAGUGCCACCUCCACCUCCACCUCCACCUCCCUCAUCACUUGUGAGGCAGAAUGUAGAGAUAGUUUCACACCAUGAAUCCCCUGCACCCCCUCCGCCGCCUCUUCCCCCUUCAUCUAAUAGGCAGAAAAUUGGAGUGGUGUUACGUCCUGCACCUUCUUCACUCCCUUGGAAGUCCCUUUUUAGUUCAGUUGUCCUUGCUUCAAGUGUUCCACCUCCACCAGCACCAUCGGCACCACGACCUCCUCCUCAUCAUUAUGUUACAGAAACAGUUCCAAAGGUUGGAGUUGGAAUUCCAUCUCCACCUCCACCUCCACCUCCACCUAUGGUGGGUACUGCACUGCCGCCGCCACCACCUCCUCCUCCUCCUCCUCCUCCUCCUUGUGGAGCUCCACCUCCACCAUCAUUACGAGAAUAUGGAGCUCCUACUCCACCACCACCUCCACCGCCUCCACCGCUGCAUGAAGGUACUCCUUCCCCACCUUUUGCUCUUUCAUCUGGAUCUCCACCACCCCCACCACCUCCUUCAUUUGGAGCUCUACUGCCCCCACCACCUUCUCCUUCACGUGGAGCUCCUCCACCGCCUCCAAUAAGUGGCCCUCCACCGCCUCCUCCUUUGCAUGGUGCCCCACCUCCAGCACCUCCACCUUUGUGUGGUGCCCCACCUCCACCACCUCCUCCCUUGCAUGGUGCCCCACCUCCACCACCUCCUCCUGAGUGUGGAGCCCCACCUCCCCCUCCACCUCCACCUCUAGGGUGUGGAGCCCCACCACCACCACCUCCUCCACCUCUAGGGUGUGGAGCCCCACCACCACCACCUCCUCCACCUCUAGGGUGUGGAGCCCCACCACCACCACCUCCUCCACCUCUAGGGUGUGGAGCCCCACCACCACCACCUCCUCCACCUCUAGGGUGUGGAGCCCCACCCCCACCACCUCCUCCAGGAUAUGGAGCCCCACCCCCACCACCUCCUCCAGGAUAUGGAGCCCCAUCGCCACCACCUCCUCCAGGACAUGGAGCUCCACCGCCACCACCCCCACCCGGAGGAGGAGGUGGCCCACCUCCCCCACCUCCUCCUGGAGGGCAUAUUCCUGGCCCUCCUGGUCCACCUGGACCUCCAGGUGUUGGACCCCCUCCACCUCCCCCAUUAGGUGGCAAAGGAGCUGUAACUGAUACAAGAGGCUUAGCUUCUGGAAGAGGCCGUGGACGGGGAUCAACUGCCACAGCAUCUAGAAGAUCGUCCUUAAAGCCUCUGCACUGGAGCAAAGUGUCAAGGGCACUACAAGGAAGUUUGUGGGAGGAGCUGCAAAGACAUGGGGAGCCCCAAAUUGCACCAGAAUUUGAUGUGUCAGAGAUAGAGACCCUUUUCUCUGCAACAGUUCCCAAACCUGCUGAUUCAGGAGGCAAAGGCGGAAGACGCAAAUCUGCUGCAGCCAAAACUGACAAAGUUCACCUGGUUGACCUGAGGAGGGCCAACAAUACAGAAAUUAUGCUUACAAAAGUUAAGAUGCCACUGCCUGACAUGAUGGCUGCGGUCCUAGCAAUGGAUGAAUCAGUAUUAGAUGCUGAUCAAGUGGAAAAUCUUAUCAAAUUCUGUCCUACUAAGGAGGAGAUGGAACUUCUCAAGGGGUAUACUGGUGACAAGGAGACCCUGGGAAAGUGUGAACAGUUUUUUCUGGAGCUGAUGAAAGUGCCUCGUGUUGAGUCGAAAAUGAGAGUGUUUUCUUUCAAGAUUCAGUUCGGCUCUCAGAUAACAGAAUUUAAAAAGAGCUUAAACAUGGUAAACUCUGCUUGUGAUGAGGUUCGGAAUUCUGUCAAGUUGAAGGAAAUUAUGAAGAAGAUUCUUUAUUUAGGGAAUACAUUGAACCAAGGAACUGCAAGGGGUUCAGCAGUUGGGUUCAAGCUGGACAGUCUUUUAAAACUUACUGAUACACGUGCUUGCAACAGCAAGAUGACACUUAUGCAUUACCUUUGCAAGGUACUUGCAUCAAAGUCACCAGCGCUUCUAGAUUUUCACCUGGACCUUCUUAGCAUUGAAGCUGCAACGAAGAUACAAUUGAAGUCUUUAGCAGAAGAAAUGCAAGCUAUAAUCAAAGGACUAGAAAAACUAAAACAAGAGCUGGCAGCAUCAGAGAAUGAUGGUCCUGUAUCUGAAGUUUUCCGCAAGACACUGAAAGAAUUCAUUUCUGUUGCUGAGACGGAGGUGACGUCUGUGACAAAUCUAUAUUCUGUUGUGGGUAGAAAUGCAGAUGCGCUUGCACUAUAUUUUGGUGAGGAUCCAGCUCGUUGCCCAUUUGAGCAAGUUACAGCAACUCUAUUAAAUUUUGUGAGGUUGUUCCGGAAAGCCCAUGAAGAAAAUUUGAAACAAGCUGAAUUGGAAAAGAAGAAAGCCGAGAAGGAUGCUGAAGUGGAGAAAACGGAGAAAGCGAAGGGAGGAAGUCCUACAAAACAAGAGUGAAAAAUAGCUCUGCAUAUAUAUGUUGCUUCCCCUACACAGCAGUUUGUGCUCCGCGCUGCACAGCAGACUUAUGCUGCAUUGUUUUUUGGUCAUUGUCGGCCAAAAAAAUGCUGCUGAGGACCUCGGGUCCACCAUUCAGUGUGAAGUAAGCCUCACAAGGUGAUGUAGGCAAAGGUAUAAAGAUAUUUCCUGAGGCUUGUGGAGCUUAAAGCAUCCAAAAGGCUGAUUUGAUCAGAUGCUGAUCAAUGAUUGAUGAGGUGAACGCGGUAGAUGUUACACAGAUCAUAUUUUUGCCAAAUAGAAUGGUUACAUUUGCUGACAUAGCAAAUGUUCACUGCACAGUUUAUUUAGUUGAUGGAUAUGGCCCCAUAGCGUGGGUUAAUCCUUCACUACGAGUGCGGACAGGAGAUUUGGUUUCUGGCUUUAAUCAUUUGGUUUGGUGGAGUUUCUUCAGCACCAGAGCAAAGCGGAUGCCUCGAGUAAUGUAAAGCACAAAGCCUGUCUGUAGCAUGAGACCAUGUACAAAGCUCUAACCCACUUCCCUAACGUUAGAUUCAAUUCUUUUCUUGUAACAUAUAAAUAGGGUUGCCUUUUCCUUUCAGUUCAUUGUUUUGUUUCUAAUUGAAAUUUUGUCCUAACCCGCCCCGAAAUGUUGUAUAGGUGUUCAGGUUCAGAUAGAGCAAUUAUAAGACGGGUUGCUUGUAGUGUAAUUGUAUUAUAACCUCCAAAUAUAGGUUGCUGAUUGAAAAUUAUUUUUCCUCGAUUUACUUCGGUUAUUACCA